AUAUGAUGCUGCAGAUCAGUCGACAAAUUGGGCGGUGUUCGGAAAGCGGCAAUCCGUGUCCCGCAGUGAUCACCGCACAUCUCACGCCCACAACAGCAUUACAGUUUUCAUUAUUGUUUACUGACGUCAUUUAGGGAAAUAACAUGGUCAUAAUUCAUUUAUUCGAGUGAGAGAAAGGCUGAAGGACGCUCGUCUGUGCUCGAGUACCCGAGACCCGGAACUCACUCUUCAGGCGGUCGUCGUCGGAAAAGACCAAGCUCAAGUGCCACUCCAGAGGUCCCUCUCGACGAUGACGACGAUGGACCUGAUGUCGAGUGACGCGCCCCUCAAGAUGCUCUCCAUGACUACGGGCGGCCUCAGCAAAGAAACCACGACCCUGCUUGAGGAGCGGACACCCACUACCCCCGAAGGACUCUGGAGGGCGUUCCUGCAGGGGUCGCACCACGCCCCCGCGCCCACCACGCCCAGAAUGGACAUCAUAGAUCGUCCAGGAUCCCCCGAGUCCCCAGCAGGAAGGGGCAGAAUAUCCCCAGGAGGAGGAGGAGUCAACAGCAGGACCUCCCCGUCUCCUCCUCCGUCGAUGACUACGGUGUGUGAAUCGCAUGACAACGACGAAGACCCAACCAACAAGAGCCGGGUUGGCGGUGUCCCUGCUCCCUCAACAGGCAUACCACAACAACAGCAGCAACAACAACAGCAGCAGCAGUCGAGCCCAGGCAGCGGGACACCCAACAGCCAAAACGCAGCGGAGAUUCGACGCUACCGAACCGCCUUCACGAGGGAGCAGAUAGCCCGGCUUGAGAAGGAGUUUUACAAGGAGAACUACGUGAGUCGCCCGAGAAGGUGCGAGUUGGCGCAGGAGCUGAAUCUGCCCGAGUCGACGAUCAAGGUGUGGUUCCAGAACCGGCGCAUGAAGGACAAGCGGCAGCGCCUCGCCCUGGCCUGGCCCUACGCGGACCCUGCGCUGGCGGCCUACCUCCUGCACGCGGCCGCCGCCACGGGCGCCUACCCGCCCUACCUGCCGCCCUCGCUCUCGCCAGGAUCUCCAUGGGCGGCCGCUGCGGCUGCAGCUGCUGCUGCGGGCGUGGGCGGCGCUCCGCCCAUUGGCUACAACAUGCCGUCACACCCGCCCUCGCUCACUCGCUUUGCGCCUUACCCGCGCCCUCAUCCAGGUCUGCUGUCGUCCCCCUACCUUCGGCCGGGAGACCUCCGCCCACACGACGUCCAGACGGCACUGCCCUCCUCGCCCCUCACGCCCACGCCCGUGUCACCGCGCCCAUUAGUCGGAGGUCACCUUGCCACUUGCCCGCUCAGAGACUCUCCAAAAGUGGGCGGGGACUCGUGCGUUUGCGGCCUCCUGUACCCCGCCCUGCCCCUCUCCACGCCCUCACGCCCACGCUGGACGCCGCCCCCGCCCCUCUCACCACUUCCCCCCCGUCAGCCAACACCAGCCUCAGCGCGAACCCCCCCUCCGGCCCCCCGUCCCUGGCGACCCCCGGGGCCUCGCUCGGCGGCCGCGGCUCCCCCCACAAGACGUCCUCGGGGCCCUCGCUCUUCCAGCCCUACAGGGACGACCCUUAGAGCCCUCGGGCGCAAGGGAGCUCUUCGGCAUUAAACGGAGUGAAAAUCCAGAUCAAAACCAAAAAUACGUUACACAUAGUUUAAAGAAGUAAAUAAAAGAAUAAAAAAGAUAUUUACUGAUUUAGAAUAUCUGUAGUUUUACGUCUCAUACGAUUCCUUUCGCAUCAUAUGAGGGCCGUCGGCUGACAUGUUGCUAUGUUGGUUUUAAACUGUACAUAAGAUACAGAAAAUGAUUAGAUAUAUACACCCGUGUGUUCCUGCAUUUUUUGCGUGGAUGUGUUUUUAUGUGUAUGUGUGUAUGUAUUCAUGUGUACUUUCUAUAUGUGUGUAUGUAAAGGUUCUCCCAGAUCGAUUAAAGUGACACCCUUAAAAAAAAA